UUCUGCUGAGAGACUGUUUUUGGGUUGUUAUCUCGGGUUGAUGAGCUUUAGUUUGUUGGCUGCUGAAUUGUAUAAAUUGCAUUGGUCUUCUCUUCUUUCUUCUCUUUUUCAUUGUUUCGCCAGUAUCCACAAUGACUAAAAAUUCUGUUCAAGAUGAGGUCUUGUUUGAGACCAAAAAUGAUGUUAAAAUUAUCACAUUGAAUCGUCCAAGAAAGCUCAAUUCAUUGAAUUUGAAUAUGUGUUCAUUGAUUUUCAAUGAACUACUCAGGAUUCAUUCUGAUCCUUCAAUCAAAUUGAUUAUUCUUCAAUCAAACAUUCCCAAGGCCUUUUGUGCAGGUGGUGAUGUUGUUGAGUGCUGCACAAAUAACUUGAACGACGAUAUCCUGAAAAGCUGUGAAUUGUUUUAUUUUGAAUAUUCAAUGAACUAUUUGUUGACGAUUUAUUGUUAUGAAAAGCCUAUUAUCUCGUUUAUCAAUGGAAUUACCAUGGGUGGUGGAGUAGGAUUAAGUUGUCAUACACCAUUUAGAAUUGCUACCAAUACAACCAGACUUGCAAUGCCUGAGAUGUUUAUCGGGUUUUUUCCAGAUGUUGGUACCACAUUUUUAUUACCAAAAUUAGAUGAUCAUUUGGGUUACUAUUUAGCAUUAACAGGUGAACAGUUGUUAGGUUAUGAUAAUUUAAUUGCAGGCACUGCUACUCAUUUCAUUGAUUUUGAGAAGUUUGACGAUGUUAAAAACGAUUUAGUUAAUUUAAGUUUAUCUCAUUAUAACAAUAUUGAUGGGGUUUAUAACGAAAUCAAUAAUGUUUUAGAGAAUUAUUCAAAUACAAUUCCAUCAGAUCACAAAUUUAAAUAUUCAAUUCAUGAAUUAAAAUUAAUUGAUCAAUUAUUCACUCGAUUUAAAAAUGAUAUUGACGGAUUGUUCAAUGAAUUGGAAUCACAUAAAGCCACUAAUAGAUUUUAUCAAGAAACUUUAGACAUACUAUUAAAAGGCGACAAAUCUUUGUUAUCCUUAAAAUUAAGCUUUAACUUAUUAAAACUUGGAUCUAAUUCAAAUAAUUAUGAUGCAUUAAAACAAGAACUAAUAAGUGCACAAAAUAUUAUGAUCAAUAAAAAUUUAAACGAUUUUAACGAAGGUGUUAAUAAAAAACUAAUCUUAAAGACAAAUAACCCAAUUUGGAAAUUCGAGUCAAUUCAUGAUAUCUCAAAGGAUCAAAUCGAUUAUUUAUUAAAACUUAAUGACAAUAUUCCCUACCCAGAUUUAGCCCAUGGAGAUAUCUCAAUUAAAAAAUUUGAUCAAUAUCCCUAUAAUUAUACAUUACCAAAAGAUGAUGAGAUCUUGUCAAAGAUUAGACGAUUUGAUCUUAAAAAUAAAAAAGAUAUAAUUGACCAUUUGGGAACUAAAAAAGGCACUGAAUGGAAAGUCAAUUAUUUCUUUGAAAAAAACAAGCAUGAAUCUAAUUUAUAGACUUCUUUGUCGUUUGCUUCAUAGUUUUAUGUUAGAAAAUAGAACAUAAGAAAUACAAAAAAUAAAAUAUAUGAACGAUACCAACGCAUACACAUGCAUAUACACACAUACACACGCCUGUAUAAUAUAAACAAUCUUGUGAAACAGUGAAAAC